UCUUACUCACCUGCGCAUAAAUAGAGUAGUUAAACAUCCAAAAUCCAGGUCGCAAGAGUCCUUUCCUUGGACUCCAGAAUUUGUGUUUGGCAAGCCCGACCGAUUCUUCAACUACAAGAGAAGACAUCAAAUGACCAGGUAAAUCUUGCUUAAAUUUAUAGCAUAACCCCCUGUACUGUUCAAGUUCAAUCUCAUUCUCCAUCACUUUUCAAUUCUUUUACUACGGGAACCCUCAAUAAUCAACUCCUGGAAUUAGAAACUAUCCAAGAUUUUGCCAUGGAAUUCCAAUCUCCAGAGGAUAAUGCAUGGUAUGACGUGAAUCUUAUAUGGGAUGCUGAAACGAUAACUAUAGAAUAUGUUGGUUUCCCAGAAAAUUACAAUGAAAUUUAUAAUGCUGAGGAUUUCAAUGCCGUGGAAGAAUUGGAAGAUUUCAUGGGAAGGUUUAGGCAAAGCAGUGUCCAAUUACAAGACCAUGAUUGCAAAAAUGUUUUUGUGGGUAAGACAGUAUGUGCAUCAUAUAAUUUUGAGAAUGGCGAUGUUAAGUUCUUUGAUGCUCUUGUUGUUGAAGUAUUGAAUGAGAAACAUAGGUUUAAGCAAGGAGGAGAAGAAGAGUGUCUCUGCACUUAUGUGGUUAAAUGGCAAAAUGGUCCAUUGGAGGGAGAGAGGACAUUUGCCAGAAUUGGUGAUUUUUGCCUUACCCCACCUAAACAGCUAGCUGAUCCCUCUCUUUCCUCUUUCGUUAAGCUUGCAAGAGGGAGGAUUGAGAAGGUUUCUGUCAACCCAUCUAUGAAUUCUGAGGAAUUUUUCAGGAGAUUAAGGAGACAGAGAAGGAACAGAUAUGCGUGUCGCACGAUGGAGGGGAGACUGAAUGGUCGUUGUAAGAGGACUUCACUAGACGUGGAUGAAGACGUAUCUGCUGCAGCUUGAUGAACAUGGGGGAACACAGACGCAGAGUAGACAUUAGCCACUUAUAUUUAUUUAUUUCCUUUUUUUGUUAAUAAAGUUUUGUCUGAUUGACUUGAAAAUUUUGGCCACGGGCUUUAAAUAUUCUGUUGCAAGCAUUGAACUUCAGGUUGGAA